CCCUGUGUAGUGUGUGAUAGGAGGGUGGUGAGGGACUGUGUGAUGGGAGAGGGGUGGGGGUGUGUGACCCUUUGUUGUGUGUGAUGGGGAUGGGGUGUUCCCUGUAUUGUGUGUGUGAUCCUGUAUUGUGUGUGAGGGUGUGUGACCUUGUAGACACAAAAUGUUAGAGUAAUUCAGCGGGUCAGGCAGCAUCUCUAGAGAGAAGAAAUGGGUGACGUUUCGGGUCGAGACCCUUUUUCAGACGUUGUGUGUGUGUGUGUUCCUCUGUGUUGUGUGUGAGGGUGUGCGUGUUCCCCUGUGUUGUGUGUGAGGGUGUGCGUGUUCCCUGUGUUGGGUGUGAAGUUUUGUGUGUGAGGGUGUGUGUGUUCCUCUGUGUGUGUGUGUGUUUCCGUGUUGGGUCUGAGGGUGCAUGUGUUCCCGUGUUGUGUGUGAGGGUGUGUGUUCCCCUGUGUUCUGUGUGUUCCUCUGUGUUCUGUGUGUUCCCCGGUGUUGUGUGUGUGUUCCCCCGUGUUGUGUGUGUGUGUGUUCCCCUGUAUUGUGUGGCCUCAUGUGUUGUGUGUAUGAUGCGGUGGGGUGACCCUGUGGGUGAUGUCCAUGGGGGUGGGAAGGACAGGGCUGUGUCCCGGCUCCCCGCUGACGGGAUAAGCCGGUCCCGCUCCGCCCCGCUGCCGUCAGCCAGCUCGCUCCUCCCGGUCCCGCCCGCCCGUCUGCCUGCUCGGCCGCAGUUUGUCGGCAGCGAGCGGAUGGCGGCGGUGAGGGUUGCGGAACGCCGGAGCGGAGCAGUGCGACCGGCGCCCAGCCCGGGCACCCCGCACGCCGACUGGAUGGGCAGCCUCCCGCGGUCACUCUGCGCCCUGCCCCUCGCCAACCUCGCCGUGCCGGGAUCACACGAUUCCUUCAGCUUUUGGAUUGAUGAAAACUCCCCCGUUGGUCUGGAUCAGCCAGUUGUAGUCAGGCAGCUGGCUGGAAUCUUCCGUUCUCUCUGGAAGAAAACGAUGAAGAAAUGGUCUGUGACCCAGAGCUUGAAUUUCAUAGAGCAGCUGGAAGCUGGCAUUCGCUACUUUGACCUUCGAAUCUCCAUAAAACCAGGAGAGGGAAAUGAGCUUUAUUUCAUCCAUGGGUUGUUUGGCAUCAAAGUUUAUGAUGGACUGAUGGAGAUUAACAACUUUUUGAAAUCUCACAGCAAGGAGGUGAUCUUUCUGGAUUUCAAUCACUAUUAUGCAAUGGAGGACAUAAACCAUGAAUACCUCAUCGAAAUGCUUAAAGAGAUAUUUGGGUCAAGACUCUGCCGAGCCAACCUAGUUGAGGAAAUAACACUCCAGUAUUUAUGGGAGCGCAAAUACCAGGUGCUCGUGUUCUACCACCACCCCAUGGCCCACAGCUUUCCCUUCCUCUGGCCGGGGCAUCAGAUCCCAGCACCCUGGGCCAAUACCAAUGAUGCUCAGAAACUGGUGCAGUUCCUGGAGACAACCCUGAGUGAGCGGGCAAGGCGAAGGACUUUCCACGUGUCGCAGGCAAUCCUGACCCCACAUGCCAAGACUGUCAUCCAGGGAAUGAUUGUCGGACUACGGGAUUCUCUCGUCGCAAGAAAUCUUCCUGUAAUAAUGAACUGGGUGAAGUGCCAGAAGCCGGGUGUAAAUGGAGUCAACAUCAUCACGUCAGAUUUUGUGGAACUUGUGGACUUUGCUACAACUGUGAUCAAGCUAAAUUACCUGCUCCUGCAUGACAAGACCAAACGCGAGCAGGUUUAGCACCCUCCCUUGCACUAGAGGCUGUUAAAAUAACAAAGACAGGAUGGCAUCUGGUUUUCAGAUGUGGUGUGCUGUGGGCUUGUUGGGCCUGUGUGUGCGGAUGUAUUUCAGUCUCCACUUUAAAGUUGCACAUUCUGCCCUCAUGUUUCCAACAAAGAAUCGCUUGUGCAAACUAAUUGUACGGCAUUAAAUUCUGCACCAUUCCCAUUGGAGGGUGGGUGUGACCAAACUGACAAGUUUAACAUAAAACAAAGUGCUGGAAAUGCCCAGCAAGUCGGGGCAUCUGAAGUCUAAAAAGGUUGGAGAUGGAAAAAAAUUAUAUUGCUGCGAUUGAUUCCAGAAGGUAAUCUUUCAUAUAUUUGUAUGCUCCUGGCCUUUGUCACUCCUGACCUCCUUCUCCUGGCUGCGUCAUUCCUUUCCUCAUUGAUCAUCACUGCUACCCCAUUACUGUCCUUCCUAUUAAAACCUAUGUUCCCCCCAUCACUGCCCCAAGCCCCACAAUAUGCAUCAGAAUAUUUAUUUUAUCUUUUGUCACGUCACGAGUCGAGAGUGUUUUAUUAUCAUAUGUCCCGAUUGCAAAGACUAAAUCAAUCCUCCAAAGUGUUUAAUGUAGUGGUUGUUGGAAGAUCAUCGAAAUGAAAGGUGAAUUUUCUCUCCCCACAGAUGUUGCCUGACCUGCUGAGUAAUUCCAGCAGUUACAGAAACGUUUUUAUUCGCACUUGUGACAAGUCUUCCCCAGAUUAUGUACACCCCAUGUAUGUACAGCCCAUUCAUAUACAGUUAUGUACACCCCAUGUAUGUACAGCCCAUUCAUAUACAGUUAUGUACACCCUAAGUAUGUACAGCCCAUACAUAUAAAUGAGCAAGUAGGAUACCAGUGGGAUGGAUUUACCAGUUGCUGAGGGGCUACAGGCAUCUCCUGCUGCGUGGGAAUUUGUUUCAAUGCAAUAUCUGAAUUGUUGAGCUGAACGCCCGGGUGAAACUACAGGUUGCCCUUGGUUGCUUAUGUUUUUGUUUAAAUAUAUUACCAAGCAGCCACAUUUUGGGUUACAAACAGUUUUCUGGAACAGAACCCUGUUUUAACCUGGGGAGGAUCUGUACACAAUUAUAAAAAUGGGUGUAUAGAAGGAGGAUAAUGAAUGUGAUCGAUUUAUAUUUAGAACUCGGCAAUAUUGUUAUUAAAUUGAAGAGUUUAAGUUCUCUCGUACUGGACAUGUCCCAUAGCCCUGCCACUUGCAACACAAUGUCCUUCUGUGUUUGUAUUGUUGCCCUCUAAAUGCCCCAUUAUCCUUUUGACCAGAACACCCAAGUUAUCCCCAUGGCAGCCCUGAUCUUACCCUCCCAAUCAUUCCCUUUGAGCUAUACAUCCCUCCGCAACUUAAAACUACAUUAUCUUUUUCUCCUUGAUUAAAGGUCUGUGACCCGAAACGUUGACUCUGUUUUCCUCUCCACAGAUGCUGCCUGACCUGCUGAGUGCUUCCAGCACUUUCUGCUUUUGUUUCAGUUUGCACUGUCUACAGUAUUUUUUUUUUAAAUCAUGAGUUUUUUGAAAUUCUGCUUUGGAAAAUGAAUAGUUUUUUAAACAUUUUUGAUUCAGGUUGUCUGAAAGAAGCGUAUUGCCUGGGCUGGUGGUAGAGAUGAAAGAAGCAUUGCAAAAGAUUUGGAAACCUGAAAUAAAAGCAGAAAUGCUGGAGGAGACAUACCAAAUUCAGUUUGAUUUAUCAUUUUGUGUGUGUGUGUGUGACACAGUUUAAACAGUAACAAAUUGAUAAUGGAGUAUCAAAUCUUAAUGGAUCAUCUUAAAAACGUUUGAUUAUUGAGUUUCAUUGCCUGGACUGCAAUUUAACGCAAAUGCAAAACGGAUAUGUGGACCCGCAGUUAAAUAUAAAUCGCAAUGGGAUUGUACUUUGUCAUGCCGAAUUCGAUUUGAUCGACAUUUUUUUUUUGUAUUUUCUCGAGUCCAACAGCUUCAAUUAAUGUGUAAGAAGGAACUGCAGAUGUUGGUUUAAACCGAAGAUAGACAUAAAAAACUGGAGUAACUCUGCGGAACAGGCAGCAUCACUGGAUAGAAGGAAUAGUAAUCAACAGUACUGUACACUGACAAUGACAAUUAAAGUCUGAAUCUGAAUCUGAAUCGGUAGUUGACGUUUCGGGUAGAGCCCCUUCUUCAGACUGGUUAGGGAUAAGGGAAAUGAGAGAUAUGGACGGUGUUUAAUGGCCUGUUUCCUUUAUCAUCGUUACUCUGUGCAUAUAUUUCAUUCAUUGUUCUUUAUCUCUCCACAUCACCAUCUAUAUCUCUCGUUUCCCUUAUCCCUUAACAGUCUGAAGAAGGGUCUCGACCCAAAACGUCACCCAUUCCUUCUCUCCAGACAUGCUGCCUGUUCCCCUGAGUUACUCCAGCAUUUUGUGUCUAGCUUCAAUUAAUGCUCAGCAACACUGGAAUUCCAUACAAAGCAACGACAAUAGACUAUUUUCCUUUCCAGGUAUGCGUAUACUGAUUUCUUGUCUUUAUUGUAAGUUAGGAGAGUAAUUGGAUCACAUAAUGUUAUGUUUGAAGAAUUCACUUAGUCCGUGUCAUAACAUUGAUUGUCUUAAUCAUUACAUUAGUUCCUGUGGAAAGUAGGAUUUCUAUUCCACACCUGGGGUGUAAAGUGGUUGAACUACAUCUGUAGUUUAGUAAAAAUAUGUGAGCCAAGUUCUAUUGCUGUCUCACAGUACUUGGGCAUUUUGGUUUUUGUUUUUGGUUUAGUUGCAGGGUGCUUUCUCAGGUUUUAUUUAGCAAAAUAAGGUAUUUUUGAUUUUUCUUUUUAAAACCUUCACGUAAGGUACUCAUCUUCAAUCCCUGUAAAUUGUAACUAAAUUAAAAUAGGUAGAAGGAAUAUCUGUGGACCAGCAGCUGAAUUAUUUAUUCUGCAAAUUCUUCAUAUGAUGAGUGCCUCGAGUCUAUCACCACUUCCAUGCGAGCGUUUGCUCUUCAGUCUUUUCCACCACACAAGACCUGCAAAUCCAAAGGCAUUAUUCUGUAAAAAAUAAAUGGUCCUUAUUAGAACAGUCAAAAUAUCCAGUGGUUCAACUAACUGCCUGACACCCUUCAUUUCAAAACUAGGAGGUCACCAAAUUGAUUAGAGAUGACUAACCAAUCAUUCUUGUGUUUCAGUUAUUAGUUUCUCAAGUUAAUUUUUGUGGCCGUAAUACUUGAAGAACAGGAUAUUUAAACGUGUAUGAGAAUUGUCAUUAAUAAAUUGUUUUCAGGGAUAGCUUCUAAUGUAUUGUUGGGAAAGUGCAAUGUCUAUGUUUCCAAUCAACAAUUACGUUUUCUGUACUCUUUUCUGAUUUGUACAAAUAAAUAUUUUAAAUGAC